AUGGCGAUGAUAUCAGAUGUUGAUUACAUCUUGCAAGCCAUUCGGCUCUCAUCACUGAGAACCACUGAUGAUCCUUUAUCUCCCCGUGUAAUUUCGUUAGAUCCUUCGUUCGCUUUGAAUCCGUAUAUAAACGCAAGCGGAUUAUCAGAUAUAGAUCGUUGGCCGGAAAUCAAACGUGCACUUGAUUCCCCUCCACCUGAACCAUCAUAUCUCUCCUCACAGAAUGGUUUACCUAAUAAACCUAAUCGAACAAGGACGGGAGGAGGGUUGAACUACACGCAAACUAUCAUGGGUCCAGGUAAAUCAGGCGGGGCAGGUAUGAGAGUUUCAGGAAGAACUUCACAACCAGGUGAAAAUAGACGUAAUAUGAAUCCUACAGCAUCUGCAUCAUCAUCAUCAUCAACAAAAGUAAAUUAUAAAGACCAAAGAUCAAACUCAACUUCCUUCGUACACAACGUACCUCUAUCACCUGGUCGAUCACAAGGUCCAUUCGGUCAGGAAAGAACACCAACAACAAAUAGUAAUAUGAAAACUCCAAUAAUGGAAGAUAAUGGAUUUUUCUCACCUUCAGGUAGACCAAGAGCUGAUUCAGCACCUGCACCGAUAUUAUUGGGAAUACCGCCUGGUGGAAUUGCAAGUUCUAUAUUAGCUGGAACUAGUAUGUUAAAUUCUGGAAGAGGUUUAGGUGUUACUUCCAAUGUAGGAGUAUUAGAACAAGCUCUCAGUACAAGUGAAGCCUCAAAUGAAGAAUUAGAAGGAUCAGCAGCUCACAUCGCUUCUAACGUUGGUUUAGGGGUAGGAAUGGAAGCUGAGCAAAGUUCUUUGGGCCAAGGCGGUGCUUCAGAAUUAGCAGUAACGGGAAUCACAACUGGUGGAGUCGAAAGAAUGGUAGGUGUUUUAGUGGAUGAAGGAAGUGAUGUGGAUGAAGAAGAAGCGGCUGAAGCUGAAGGCGGAAGAGGAAGGAGAGAUCAAUUACCACCAGACUCAAAUACCUUACCGUCGGAUUCAAGGAGAGUAUCAAUAGAUACGAUGGAAGGAGACAAAUUAGAUUUUACACCUGUGCCAAUUUACCAAUCAACUUCGGCAUCGAUGACUAAAUCAUCCGCGUUAACAGCUGCAUUGAAUAAACAUGUUCCUCAUCUAGUGUCAACCUCUUCGUCCUCGUCGCCUCCACCAAUGGAAGGUCACUUACCGAAUCCAUUCGCUUCCCUAUAUGCAACAGUUGCAGCACCACCCGCAGUACCUUCUCUCUCCCUUGAAAUGUACUUCCCCCAUUCGAGCAAACCAACAGAUCCGAUAGUAGCGAAAGUACGGAAAGACGCCACGGUUGAAGAAGUCACCGGAUUUGGACUGUAUAAAUAUUGGGAAGAUGGUAGAUUACCUCUAUUGAGUGAAGAGGAAAAUGAGGUUAGGUGGAGUGCUGUAGGUUGGGGUUUGAGAAUCGUGGAAGAUGAUGGUGAAGUGGAUGAAGAUUUCCCUCCGCUCGACAGGGAAAGUCAAAUAUCCAAAUUCUCAUAUGGUCAAUUUGCCAUUGUAGAGGCCACUGAUGCGCAGAUUCGCCAAAACGCUUCUAAAGCUCCUUCGAUUCAACGACGACCUUCUCGUAUAUUGGCUGCGCCUAGACCUUCGAGACCAGGUACUCAACCUCCAUCUCGAGGAACGACUCUGACGGUACCACCUACAAGUCAAGCGAAUAGUGGCGCAUCCUCCUUCUCUUCAAAUGAGCAAACUCCCCUUGGUUCCUUAGCUGGACCCGGACUAACCACAGCUGCUAUGGCUAUGAAAGGUAGUCUUGGAUUAAGUUCAACAGGUAGUGAUAUCGUCAGAUUGAAAAUCAGAGUCACAGCUAGUGCCGAUGUUCAUUUCACAACUACUAUCAACGUACCGUCCGAUAUGUAUAUUGCCGAUUUAACAGAAGUACUUUGUAAAAAGAAAAGGCUGCAGAUGCCAGCUACAGAUUGGGUGUUAUGUCUGGCAGAUUUGACAUUGGCAAUUCCGUUAGAUAGGACUGUAGCCAGUCUUGAAGGAAGGACGGAUUUAGCUUUGGUGAAAAGACAAUGGGCUACAGAACACGGAUUGAGGAUUGAUGAUAGGCGUGGAGGAGAUCCAAGCGCUUCAAUUUUCAAAAGACAAUCCGAACCUGCACCAAUGCAAAGAUAUGGUCCGGGUUUGGCUGACUUUAGUCAAACUUAUAAGAAAUAUACGGUACAAAGGAAGAUUGCUAUUGGUCGACAUGAGAGAGUAUUGGCAAUCGAUGGUGACUACAUCCAUAUAAUGCCAUCUGAAUCACGAGCAUUCUUUGAUUCUAUGAAAACCACUUCAUUCCAUAUCACGCUGGUGGCAUCAUGUAAAUUGACUGGUAGAGCAGGUGGAUUCAAGAUUAACGUAUGGAGAGAUGGUGCGCAAAAGAGAUACGAAUUUGAAGCUGAAAAUCAGAGACAAGCCACUGAUAUAGUAUCCACCAUCAGACAAUUGAUGAAAUCGUAUUCAAGUGAUAGGAACUCGGUAUUACCUCCUCCAAGACCAUCGUCAAGGAGAUGA